ACCAAUCCGCUUGCGUCUUCGGGAAGCGGCGCUACGCACUGGUAGAUUAAGGCUGAUGAUGUACUCGUGUUCCAAUCCACACUUUGGGGGCGGGGCUAAAAUCCUGAGGCGCAAAGCUGGAGGGGACCGCCUGGUGGAAGCACGUGACCUGGGUCUGGAGCCGGAAGCUACCUAUCUGAUAGGGAGCGCCCCCAGCACCUAAGGCUGCGAUGACUUCUGCACUGACCCAGGGGUUGGAGCGAAUCCCAGACCAGCUUGGCUACCUGGUGCUGAGUGAAGGCGCAGUGCUGGCGUCAUCUGGGGAUCUAGAGAAUGACGAGCAGGCAGCCAGUGCCAUCUCUGAGCUGGUCAGCACGGCCUGUGGUUUCCGGCUGCACCACAGCACGAGCAUACCCUUCAAGCGCCUGUCGGUGGUCUUUGGAGAACACACACUGCUGGUGACCGUGUCAGGACAGAGGGUAUUUGUGGUGAAGAGGCAGAACCGAGGCCGGGAGCCUGUUGACGUCUGAGCCUGCCAGAGGGCAAGGGGCAGAGGUGGAUUGGGUCCAUGGGCCUCUGUGAUGAGGAAGACGCAAACCUCCUCCACCUCUUUCUUGGCUUGCUGCUAGAACUAAGGCUUUCUGCUCACCCACUUCCCCACCCCUACCUGGAAGGGCAGAGGCUUGGGAACUUUCCACUGUGUCAAGGAGAGUGAGGGCAAGGGGAUCUCCCUCUUCCCUCCCUCCCUCCUAAUAAACAUGAGUCUGACA